AUGGGAAACAAAAGCUCCGCUGCUCAAACCACCGAGGCGGUGCCACCGCAAUACUUUCUCGUGCCAAAUGUCCCGGUGCCGUCACUGAAGCCGUCCGACCUCGAUUUUUCCCAAACGUCCGGAAAGCCGAUCCUGUGUGCUGGAUGGGUCGCGCCGCACGGGAGUUUGUCGUGGUCGAAAAAGAACGUAGUCUACUCCACCGACAUCGAAGUCCCUGUGCCGCGGCCGCACGAGGUGCGCGUCAAGAUCUACGCUGCUGGGGUGAACCCAGCAGACGCGCAGCGCACAACGGCGUUGGCGCAGUUAAGCCCCACUGCGCAGAAGAAUAGAAAGACGACGGCUCAUCCCGUCAGUCGCCAUUCUGCCGCUCCAUUGGAGUUCCCGUACGUGAUGGGCAUUGAAGGCGCCGGCGUGGUGGAGAGCGUCGGAUGGGACGCUGAGUUAGAGGAGCAGAAUGGAGGACUGAGCGACAUUCGAGUGGGGGAUCGCGUUGCUUUCUUAGCAGACUUGAGCAAAGGUAGUGGGGGCUCCUUCUGCCAGUACGCGUUGGUCGACCGUGACAUUGUGUGGAAGCUGCCAGAGAUCAUCGACGCUCCAACCAUUUCUCCUUCGGGCGAAGUAGUACCAGGCAGACUCAUUGACUUCGUAGAGGCCGCCACGCUUCCCGCCGCGGCCGCAACGGCGUACAUCGCGCUCUUCGACAAGCUGCGAGUGGAGCCGCAGCGCACCAUCUUCAUCAGCGGCGCGUCCGGCGGCGUUGGCUCGGUUGCGGUGCAGCUGGCGCAUUACUUUGGGCUCUACGUAAUUGCCAGCUGCUCCUCACCCAAUGUGCAGUACGUCCAGAGCCUCGGCGCAGAUUACGUCAUCGACUACACCCGCACGGACGUGGUGAAGGAUAUUCUCAAAUUCACGGAGAACUACGGUGUAGAUUACUUGCUGGAGUGCGCAGGCGCUUCCCUGUCCGAGAUGCACGCAGAGGCCGUCCGCUUUGGCGGCUCGGUUUGUUUGCUGACCGGCCUGCUUGUUCCACGCAGCGAUCUGGUGUUUCGUCGGCAGCUUUCGGUGCACUACGUCUUUCUCGGAAUGCUGCACCAGGAUGCAAUUGCACGUCAGCAGCUGCAGUCGCUGGGCCAGCUCGUCUUGCAGCUGUACGCGCAGGGCGCAUUUAGCGUGGUGACGGAGCAGGUUCCGUUUGUGCAAGCGGCGGAUGCGUUAGACGUCCGUGCGUCGGGACACGGCCGGGGCAAGGUGGUCCUCGGCAACUUCCACCAGAACGAAGACCUAGAGGAACGGCAGCGGCGACGCCGCGUCUACCUCUACGAAAAGGCUCAAAUGCAGCUGCAGAAGGACACUGCAGAUUUAACGGAUCCCAAGGUGGAGGUGGGGAAGGAGGGAUCGAGGUAG